GCGGAUACGAGCCUGACCCAAGGUGGACGCGCAAAUGAAGAUGUCAGGUGAACAAGCGCAUCGGCUGUGUUUGUUGCUCUUUGCAUUGGGUUUCCGUGCCGGGACAACAGCAGAGGUUUCCGUAUGGACCGUGGACAUCAACUCGACAAAAGAUGCUGUAUUUCGGAAGACACUAUAUGCCAACACCACCAUCUUCAUGAAGUUCCAGGGUGACACAAGGUCAUGUGAUAGAAACCUGGCGUUCAACAUCAGCUGGUACCUGCGCUCCUCUGUCUGCUAUAAUGAGGUCUUUAACACACCAGACAACAAAGCGAUGAACAUGUUUGGCAUGGAUCACAUGUUGAAAGACGGCUGGAACGGCUUCUACAGCCAGGGCUACAUGUACUUUGAUAACUGCUCCACCCUCUUCUUACCAAAGGUGUAUUAUGCAGAUUUCAACCCAUAUCAGCCCCUGUCAAGCCCGAAGAGUGACCCGUCAAAUCAGAGCCUCAUUUGGCCUGACAAGCCGGACAUCAGUGCAGUAGCUAAAGCUUGGGAGGACAGUCCGUAUCUGUUCAUAGUGAAGGUGCAGCCUUUAUUCCGCGGAGUCGAGGAUGACGACAUCAGCGCGGAGCAGCUCAGCUUUGCUUUUACAAUGAAAGUAGAGAUGAAAGGGCCACAUGACUACUCCUCUCCAGCAGACUGGCCCCUGAUGAUGUUCUUCAUGGUCAUGUGCAUUGUCUACGUGCUGUUCGGGGCUCUCUGGCUCUUCUGGUGCGCUUGCUAUUGGAGGGAUCUGCUGCGGAUCCAGUUCUGGAUCGGCGCCGUCAUCAUCCUCGGCAUGCUGGAGAAAGCUGUGUUUUACUCCGAAUACCAGAGCAUUCGUUACAAAGGAGACUACGUUCAGGGCGCUGUGAUUUUUGCUGAGCUACUCUCGGCUCUCAAAAGAUCUCUGGCCCGAAUCCUGGUCCUCAUUGUCAGUCUUGGCUACGGCAUAGUCAAGCCCAGGUUGGGUACCACAGUGCACCGGCUGGUAGCUGUCGGGCUUCUCUAUCUGCUCUUCUCCUCUGUGGAAGGUGUGCUGAGAGUGACAGGAGGCUUCUAUGGGACCGUUGCCCUGGUGGCAAAUCUCAGCCUCUCACUCAUUGACUCCUGUGUCAUGUGGUGGAUUUUCAUCAGUCUGUCUCAAACCACUCGUCUCCUGAAGCUCCGCAGGAAUAUAGUGAAGCUGUCUCUGUAUCAGCACUUCACCAACACUCUCAUCUUCUCUGUUCUCGCUUCCAUCAUAUUCAUCAUCUGGACCACCAAAGUCUUCAAGCUGGUGGACUGCCAGACGGGUUGGAGGGACUUGUGGGUAGACGAUGCCUUCUGGCGGCUCCUGUUCUCCACCAUACUGCUGGUCAUCAUGGUGCUGCUGCGACCCUCUGCCAACAGCCAGAGGUUCUCCCAUUCCCCGCUGAUUGAUGAAGAUGAUGAUGAGGAGGAGGCCAAGGAACCUAUGCUGAAUGAAGCUUUUGAGGGAAUGAAGAUGAGAGGAUCAAAGCCUGACACCAACGGCUCCCAGAAACUGUUGAGCAAAGAGGAUGAAGACCUAAAAUGGGUAGAGGAGAAUAUUCCUACAACUGUUGCUGAUGUAGCUCUCCCUGUAAUGCUCGACGAAGAAGAGGAAAUCCUGAAAACCAAGAUGGAGCGAUCCAAAAUGGAGUAGAAGCACGGACUGAAAAUGCAAGACGAUGAUGUGAGAAAGCGAUUUCACUGAGGCAGCGAUGAAUGCAUUUUGAGUGAUCUGAUUACCAAAAAAUGUGGGCAAAGCCAACUGUUCUCUCAGACACUUUACAUUUUUUAAAUUUUAUUUCACAAGUAUUGUGUUACACAAUAAUAAUAAUGAUAAGCAUGAGUGUGUUAGAAAGUGUUACUGUGCAGCCCUGAGUUGGAUGAGAUAGCUGUUGAUGUCAAGAUGAGCAUUGUGGGACAGGGUUAAAACUGGUAAAACUGAAGAAAUAACACAGCAGAGCAAUUUGAUGAAGAUUUUAAAGCUGCUUAGGCCGUCCUUCACUCACAAACUUGGCCAAAAUCAAGUAGAAACAGGGUAUUUUCCUCAAUGCCCUUGCCAAAAAUCAAAAUGCUGUCCUGUGGUUUUCUCUUUAUUCAACGUUUACUGUAUUGGAGUGUGAGCUGUCUGGAGUAAUGGGGAGAAGAUGAAACAUUUGGUAAGAUAUUAGGCUUCAAUGGAUCAGACUUAAAGGAAAAGGACUAACUCUUCAGGUUGGGGUACAUAUCAGAAUGUCUGGCAGUCAUCACAACCAAAAUAUCACAUGAUGAUGAUAAUGCUACUAAUGGAGGGGCAAACACACGCUGAAAACACCAAUAUUAUCAAAUUAGAUUUAAGCCAGCACAGCAUCUAACACUUGAACUUAAAUUUUGUGUUUUAUUAAUGUUACAUAUUUAAGUCACAUGAUGAUGUACAUUUAAAUGAGAAAGCAGCCAUAUAGUAUGAUUAACCAUUUAGCCAGAUAACUAAAAAAAAAAAGAAGCUAUGCAUAACAUAUGCACAUUACUAAACCUUUGUUGUUUGGCUAAUUGAGUAAUCCCGAAUCUACAAAUAUAUAAAAGCCACUUUUACUGUAUGUAAACAUGGCUUCAUCAGUGACUGUUGAUACUUGAAACAUUUCACUGUUGUCAGGGGGGCAGGGGUGCAGGGGGGCAUGAUACUUGUGUGUUUCUUGCGUUCACUGGAGCACAUUGUCUGUUCAGUUGGGAGAAGGUAAUGACCCUCUCAUGCAUGAAAGUAUCUCGAAGCCUGGUAUAUACAUAAAUAAACACAGUGUCAACAGAGCCGCCUGUUACCAUGGAUCACCUCUUUGAGAUGUUAUCUUUAAACGGAUCUGUUAAAAGAAGCUGAGAGUAUGACUCCAGUGUUGAUAGUUUUCAAGCUUUUGCUGAAAAAUGAAAGACUGGAUGACCCUUUAGACGUAUUUUCCUGGUCUGUUUUCAAGUAGUCUAAAAUUAAGUUGUUGGUUUGUUUUUGUUUUUUUAAGGAAAGACACCUCAGAUAACAUGGUUUAGGUUCAUAUCAUUUUGUGAUCACCACACCAAAGUGAACACUUCUUUGUAGCUACUGAAUCACAGAAUCUAUUGAUAAGCCUUGCAGAUGUGGUGUAGGCCUAAAUUUAAGUGUGCUUCUGUGAUUUUCUCUGUUUGUAACCUUUCCCCCCUCCUUUAACGGGGCCAGGGUUUUAUAAAGGUCCUCACUGAAAUUUCAGUAGCACAGGGUAGUUUAAAAAUGUUGUACAUGAUCAGUUAUAAGUCUUUUUUAUUUAAGCAUAGUUACAGAUUCCUUUGAGUCUUGUCCCAUUCACACUGCAAAAUAACCUCGCCUUAUCUGGCAGAAGUAUACUCUCAUCCUUGUGCAAUCUACUGCAGUAUGUGUGGAUGUUCUAAAUUACCUAAUUUAUGUUUUUUUAAUGUGUCCAAGUCUUGUCAAAGAUAUUUUAUUUCAGAGAGAUACUAGGCCCAUUUUCUGGAUGUGAGUCUGCAUUGUAAUGUGAAGCUGAUGAUAUUGUACGGCUUUUUGCAUAAUGUCCUGCAAAUAAAAUUUAUAUUGAAA